CUACUUCUUUGAGUGAGGGCUGGGGUCAUUAGUUGUUCAGAGGUGGAUAGAGAAGUUGAGAGAGACGACGCUUCGAUCUGCCGAAUCUACCUGUGAGUGAAGCCAUAAAUGAGCGAUAUAGAAGGUUGUGUCUUGAACAUCGUGCGACUUAAUGACACGAAGUGAAGGUUAAAGUUGAAAGAUCAAAGGACUUGCACAUUGACGCUGAUACGAAUGCGAGUAUUGUGGUUCACAAUUGGAUGAUUAGUAGCUAGCUGGCAAAUUGUAUGUUUACCUAGCUGUGUUAGCGUUUGCGUUUGCAUUUAGCACUCUAACAGAAAACAGCGUGUCGAUUAGGGUGCACUUAGCUAGUGGAUGCCUUGACUACACGCUAAAACCGUGAAGGGCAUGGCUACCCGCUCAUCUACCUUGAGGAUAGGAGUGGUGGGAUAUGGACAUUUAGGGCAGUACCUAGUGGAGAGGAUCAUAAAAGAUGGAGCUGGCCUGGGUCUUACUCUGGCGUUUGCUUGGAAUCGAAACCCUCACAAGCUAAAGGGUUUAGUUCCUGACCACCUAAUACUUGAAGACCUAUCUGCUUUUAAAACCAGGGUAUGCGAGGUGAUCGUAGAGGUGUGCCAUCCUCAGAUCGUCAAGGACUUUGGUGUUCAGUUUCUCUCUCAUGCACACUUCCUGGUAGGCUCUCCCUCGGCACUCUGUGACCCCGAGCUGAACCAGCAACUCCGGCAAGCGGCCAGUCUUCACGGCAACACGCUCUACGUCCCCAGUGGUGCAUUGUGGGGAGGCCAGGACAUCCAGAGGCUUAACGACAGCGGGGCACUCACAGGUGUGUUCGUAAGGAUGUCCAAACACCCCUCCUGCUUCAGGCUCACAGAGGACACGCUCUCUGAUUGGACUGAGGGCGAGGGGAGGCGGGUCUUAUUCAGGGGCUCUGUGGCUGAGCUGUGCCCAUUGGCCCCCAACAACGUGAACACCAUGGCAGCGGUUGCUGUGGCAGCAGGAACCCUGGGCUUUCCUGGGGUUAUUGGGGAGAUUGUGUCGGAUACAGCGCUGAGGGACUACCACGUGGUGGAGGUGGAGGUGAGUGGAGCCCAUGGCUUCUCGGUCCACACGGUGAGGAGGAACCCUGCCCAGCUGGGAGCCGUGACCGGCAGCGCCACCUACAACUCUUUCUGGCACAGUCUACUGGGUGAGCUGAACGCGCUGGGGACCCCGCUCUUAUCACAGUCUACUGGUUUGUAAAGGGCACGGUGGGAAGGUGCACUUGUGCUGAUGGCUGUCUUCACCCUCAAAUGGCGGGAUCAAAAGUUGUGAGGAAUGUACCCAAGUAUCUGCUACCACAUUAAUUCCACACUUUCCAUGUAAUCAAGCACAUAUAAGUGAAAUCCUAGAUUUUUUAUAGUACGUGUGGAACUCAGAAGUCGGAUAUUGUUACCAACUUGCAAACCUGAAUCUCUUGUCAUUAAAAACCCAUUUCAAAACAAAGGAGAAGAGAGCGUUGUUGUUUGUAG